UAUAAAUAAUUUGAAUAGUGUUUUUUAAUUGUAAAAACUGGAAAUUAUGAAUAAAAAGAAAUAAUAUGAGAAAAUAACAAACAACUACAUUUAGUGCCGACUACUUCGACGGUGUGUCCCGAACGAAGAGAAGAAUGGCUGAGAAAGAAUCUCUUGGAAUCUCCUGGCAAAAUAGUGCAUGGAUACCCAUGUUAAACUCCUCCAAUGUAUUGGAUUAUUUUUCUGAACGAACUAAUCCAUUCUAUGAUAGAACAUGCAACAAUGAGAAUGUGAAAAUGCAGCACUUAAACCCAGAGCAAUUGAGCUCAAUGACUGGGUUGGAAUAUGAGUUGCUCCAUGUCCAAGAACCUAUUCUCUAUGUCAUACGGAAACAACACCGGCAUUCACCAACCCAAGUUACACCUCUUGCUGACUAUUACAUCAGUGCUGGUAUUGUCUACCAGGCACCAGAUUUAGGUUCAGUAGUCAACUCCAGAAUGUUAAACACUGUUCACAGUUUGCAGUCAGCAUUUACAGAAGCUCUCAGUUAUGCUCGGUACCAUCCAUCAAAAGGAUAUUGGUGGGAAUUCAAAGAUAAAGAAGAAACAGAAAAGAGUAAAGUAAAAGAUUCCAAGAAAAAAGAGGAACCAAGUUCAGUAUUCCAACGACAGCGAGUUGAUUUACUACUUUCUGAACUGAGCAAAAAGUUCCCUCCCCGGUUUGCAGCUCCUGCACAGCCAGACCAAAAAGAUGAAAGACCUGAAACGAAAGUGGAAAAUCGAAUGGAUAAAACUGAUGAUAAACAGAAUUCUUCUGGAACCAAAGUUCCGCCAGAAAAGAAGCCCAAAUUAAUGAGAUAAUGGAAACUGAACAAACUUUCUCCCACCCUUUUUUUUCUAAACAUUUUUCUCCUUUUUAUUUUGGAUUAGAAUUCAAUAAACAAUUCAUAUCAAUCA